AUUCUCAAAACCAUUGAUCUAAAAACUAAAUUGAUCUAAAAACUAAAUUGAUCUAAAAAAUGGCUGAAAAUCCAAGAAUUUCAGGAUUAUCCUUGGGGUCGAAAGAUGACCAAAUUAAAUCCAUGUGUAACAUUUUGAAAUUUGGACAGGACGUCUUCAAAGAAUUUUGCCCUGCACCAGUUUCUUUUGAUGAAAAAUUCCUAGAAGAAUUCUUCCAUACUACAGAACUCUUGCAGAAAAGCUGUUCCAGUAUUUUGUCAGCCAAAAAUGCACCGAAAUAUCACCAGAAGUCUCAUUAUUUCAAGUAUGUUCAUUCCUGUUAUCCAAAAUAUCCAAUAAAAAGGAAAGAGCAGAAAAUAGAAUUAUUGCAAUCAUUCAAUUCUUCAAGAACGGCAUCGACACCGUCUUCCUUGUCAUCGUUCUCUUCCUCAUCAUCCUCUUCUUUGCCUCAUUCUAAUUCCAUACCUGCUUCCAGUCCAAAAUCUGUAUUUCCUUUAUCUUCCCAUCAAAGCAUUUUGAAGAGGAAUCGCGUGUCUUGGAGAACCAGAAGAGAAAGCAAAAGCAAGAAAUCGGUGACGCUCACCGUUGUCCACGAGGAAUUGAAGACCCAGAGACAGUUAAAUGUGGUGGAAGAAGUCGGUUAUAGCAAAAUGGUUUGCUCCAAAGAUAUGGAAUGUCUUCAACAGAAGCAAGAAUAUUCCCAGAAGCCAAAAUGGAAUAAAAAAUACUGCAGUUUAUUGGCACCAAUAUUCCUCAAGGAACAAUUCCUGGAAGUGAAAGCAGAUGACAGUCUCAGAACUGAAGAAUUUCAAGAGAAACAAGUGCAGAUGAAGAGUUGA